GGCACCACUUUUAUACGUACAUACAUACAAUUCUGAAGUUUAAGAUCUAACUUCGACAAUAUUAAACAAAAAGGGUGAAUUUUUCCAACGCAGCAGCAAAAAGCCUUUUUAUUUAAAUUAAAUUACCCCAUAAGAUAUCGCCUAGCAAUAAAUAAGAAAAUCAUGCCGGCAUAUCAUUCUCAGUUUAAGGAGUUUCCCCAAGUGGUAGGAAACAUGGCAAUUUUGCCUUUACGCACCCAGGCUCGCGGUCCUGCUCCUAGUGCCAAUAUCGAAAACGAUAUCAUUGAUGAGUCACUUUACUACUUUAAAGCAAACGUGUUCUUUCGAACUUAUGAAAUAAAGUCCGAGGUUGAUCGUGUACUCAUUUACAUUACACUCUACAUAACCGAAUGUUUGAAGCGCUUGCAACGAUGCAGUAAUAAAAACCAAGGGAAUCAAGAAAUGUACAGCUUAGCGAUAUCAAAGUUUGAUAUACCCGGAGACGCCGGGUUUCCGUUGAAUGCUGUCUACGCUAGGCCACAAAAUACACAGGAAGCUGAUUUAAUGCGUCAAUAUUUUCUUCAACUUCGUCAUGAAAUUGGUAAUCGCGUUUGUGAAAAAGUCUUCAAUACUGAAGAUGGCAAGCCAAACAAAUGGUGGAUAUGUUUUGCUAAGAAAAAGUUCAUGGAGAAAUCUUUGUCCUUUCCCGGACAAUAAAUAUCAAUACAUGUUUUUUAAAAAGUACUCCAUAUUAAUUCCUUUUUGAUGCAUGUUUAAAAACUGUGUAGAAUCAAAACUUAUAAAAAUUGUAUGUAGUAUUAGUUGAAUUUUCAGCCGUAAAGAAAUAUACAAAGUUAAAUUUCAACUUUUCUAGACAGUCACACCGUCUUUCAAGAA